AUGGCUGUGUUGGAGGCUUAUCCCGAGCUCGCCGACUCGCGCAGCAUUCGGGUCAUCAAACUUUAUGGCGCCACUAACCUCAGCGACGAUAUUCGGUUCGAUCUCAUCGCCGUGUCUCUCGAUGCGUCUUUGCCCUAUGAGGCUAUCUCAUAUACAUGGUCUGGGCAAGCACUCGACCGACCUGUCUAUGCCAAUGGCAAAGAGUAUCUCGUCACUAGAAAUGCGGAGGAUGUCAUGAGGAGACUACGCCCAAAAAGGCCAGAACUUUCCCGCAAUCUGUGGAUUGAUGCCAUCUGUAUUAACCAAAAAGAUGACAGAGAAAAGGCGGUAGAAGUGCAAUUAAUGUUUGAAAUCUAUGCCAAUGCAACGUGCGUCAAUAUUUGGCUUGGCCAAGGAACUGAAUCAACUGCUCUCGCCCUCAAGUGGCUGAGAUGGUACAGUUGGUCGUUUUCCGGAAUUUGGAAACCCCAGGCGAAGUUUGCGGGAGCUAUUACGUCUGUGGAUUCAAUCUUUAUAAAGCUCUUUUUGGGGAUAGCAGCAGUAAGCAUGUCAUGUGUCUGCGCAUGCAUCAUGAUGCUUGUUGGAGCCAUAGUCAUAUUUCCUUUUGGGCUGUUACCCACGUUCAAAAGUCAUAAAAAGUUGUUUCAAGCUGGUUUGGCAGACUUGGCAUCCAUGGAGUAUUGGGAGAGAGCAUGGACGGUUCAAGAAGCAAACGCGAACGAAUUGUGCUUUGUUCUAUGCGGAUCAUCUGCACCGUUUCGACUUGAUCUAUUUUACAUGAGCCAUAAUAUGAUCCCACCUAUGUAUAUCUUCAGCUCUCUUAACAACAGCAAACCAAACCAGCGCUAUGGCCUACACAUACUUGACAUAUACCACACUCACACGCGGGCAGAAUUUGGCAAACACAUCUUCAAUGUUCUUUGUAAGACGAAAGCAACGAUAGCCAAAGACAAAUUGUUUGCCAUGAGAGCCAUGUUUCCUAAAAGCCUAGGUGCAUUGACCAUCGACUACUCAGUCUCUGACAGCGAUGUCUAUACAGAAGCCGCCCGUAUUGUUCUGGAGGAGACUCAGAACGUUGAAUUCUUCAGGUAUGCUUGUCAAUCUGAUCGAGAGGACAGUUUUCCUACCUGGGUGCCGCCAUGGACAGCACUUGUCGAUAUACCGGAAUGGAUCUAUAAGUUUACGCCAGCGGCAAUUUCUCAGAAGGCUAUUAUAGCAGAGGGAGAUGAUACGAAAGUGCUCAAGUUAAAAGGACUGCUAGUUGAUAGCGCUAUGUCAGCUAUCAGUAAACGGUUCCCCACUAUAGCACCACUACAAGCCCCGUGGUCGCGCACACUAGAUCUCAAUCUCGCGAGAGAGGCCCUUGUGAUAUUUAGGGAAUGGGUAGAUUCAACUGGAGUAGCAAACAACCAGGAUCCUAGCAUGCAUCAGCUAGCGUGGCUGAUAUCUGAAAUGACCAAACUGAAUGCAGGAGAUGUUCUUGCUUGGUUUCAAUUAAUAUGGACAGAAGACAAUUUUGGUAUGGAGAAACUUUGGGAUUACGGGUUGCAUGGGGGAAAUAUCUGCGAUUCUCGGAAUAUUACCGAGAAGUUUUUGCAGCUGGUCAGUGGCAGGUCGCUUUUCAAGACGGAGAGUGGAAGGAUCGGAAUGUCAACUUUGGUCAUAUGUCCAGAAGACGAGGUUGCACUGCUUACGGGGGAGAAACUGCCAUACAUCAUUCGCAAAAGUCUUGGCCGCCCAGACAAGUACACGUUAGUAGCUCCAUGUUGGCUAAGCGGUGCUCUCAUGGGUGAAGUAUGGCCGGAUUGGAAUGGGCGUCUGGAAGACUUAGAAGAUGUUGAGUUGGUUUGA